CAACUAAUCUAACUUACCAAUCCCUAAAUUAAUGAAUUACCCAUUAUACCCCUGAAGUAUAUAUAGUUAGACAAGAUGCUAAACAUUCCUUGUACUUUCUAUGGUGUUAGGCUGUUAGCUAAUCCAUCAACCAAAAAACCUCCAACUCUUCAUUUUUUUUCCUUUUACCAAUCAAGCAUUCAAAAGAUGCCACCACCAGCAGCGGUGGCUGUGGCCGUGACCGGUGGAACGGAGAAUCAUCAUCAGCCGCCGAAUUCACUAUCAUCAAUGAUUUUGAAGAAACAAAAGACAGUUUGUGUAAUGGAUGCUUCAGGUUUACUUGGGUUUGAACUUGUUAAAACUCUCUUGCAAAGAGGCUACUUUGUUCAUGCUUCUCUCCAAUCCGAUUCCCGUUUUCAAGGAGAGUUGCAGAACAUGAAAGUGCAGGGUAACGGCGACAACAACAAAAACCUGAAGAUCUUCCGUGCUGAUCUAUUGGAUUAUCACAGUAUCCUCGACACUCUUACCGACUGCUCUGCCUUGUUCUACACAUUCGAGCCCCCACUCGAGCAUCCUGUUUACGAUGAAAAUAUGGCAGAAAUAGAAGUGAGAGCAGCACAUAAUGUGUUGGAAGCAUGUGCACAGACGCCCACCGUGGAGAAGGUCAUCUUUACUUCUUCUGCCACAGCAGUUGUCUGGCCAGAAACUCAUAAUCCUGCAUCAUCAUCAUCGUCAUCAUCCUGUAAUGUCGACGAAAAGAGCUGGAGCGACAUCAACCUCUGUAAGAAAUUCAAGUUAUGGCAUGCAUUGUCAAAAACACUAGCAGAGAAAACAGCAUGGGCACUUGCCAUGGACAGAGGGGUGAGCAUGGUGUCAGUUAACGGAGGACUGCUGUUAGAUAACAACCUACGAAAUACGUCUGCUGCAGACAAUACUAAGCACAAUAUUCCCAGUCAUCUUCCUCCAUACCUAAAAGGCGCAGCUGAGAUGUAUGAACGCGGAGUUCUUGUGGCUGUAGAUCUCAGGUUUCUGGUAGAUGCCCUGUUUUCCGUUUAUGAAGAAGUCUCGUCAUACGGGCGUUAUCUGUGCUUCAACCAUGUCAUCAACUGUCAGAAAGACGCUGUUAAGCUCGCCUCCAUGUUCAUGUCUUCUCCUCAAAGCUUGGAGGAUACAAGAGUAUUCCCACAACAGAUUAGCAACAAGAAACUCAACAAGUUGAUGAUCAAUUUUGAUGGUCAAUUCCAGCAACAUCAGUAAAAUGCCAUCGUCGAAACUGGAUGCAGUUUAUGUACAUUUGGCCUCAUUUUUUGUUCAUGUGUGGUAAAUGCUUUAAAGCUUGUAACUAGAUGAGAAUCCCUUCUUUUCCAUAUUAUCGGCGUAAUUGGAAGAUUGUGCGCAUCUUCAGUAAUGAAAAGCAAUAGCAAAACCCUCUGCCUCCAA